AUGCAAUGCUAUACAGAACUCGUGGCGCCAACCGCCGUGUCGAACGCCGUCGCUCUACCAUUUAUCGCUCCCGCCGCGACUAAUCUCGUUGUUGCAAAGACUUCAUUGCUCCAGGUCUUCGCUCUCAAGACAAUCGCGACCGACGUCAAGCCAUCGUUGCUGGUCCCCAAUGCCGACACGGGCGCCAUCGAAGGCCCUGAAAGUCUUCAUCGCGUCGAAAACACGGCCAAACUAGUUCUAUUGGGCGAAUACCCCGUGUCAGGAACCAUCACUUCGCUGCAGAGAGUCAAGGCUCUGAACACAAAGACUGGCGCUGAAGCCCUCCUGGUCUCUACACAGGAUGCAAAGAUCAGUCUGAUCGAGUGGGAUCCUCUCAACCACCGCAUCUCGACCCUAUCCAUCCAUUACUACGAGCGCGAGACGACAAACACCCUUCCCUUUGGGCCAUCCCUUGCAGACACACCUAGCUAUCUCAGCGUCGAUCCAAGCAGCAGAUGUGCCGCUCUCAAAUUUGGCACCAAACAUCUCGCCAUCAUCCCGUUCCGCCAAUCUGCCGAUGAUCUGGCUGGAGAAGAUGACCUUGAUACGCCUCCGCCCACAAAAGCUCCCGUCACAGGAAACGAAGCCCAAGCCGAGACUCCCUACUCGGCCUCAUUCGUCCUACCAUUGACCGCUCUCGACCCCGCCCUCACCCAUCCUGUCCAUCUUGCCUUUUUACACGAGUAUAGAGAACCCACAUUCGGCAUCGUCUCCUCAAACAAGGCUCCCAGUCAUGGUCUGCUUGAAGAGCGCAAGGACAUCUUGAAUUACACGGUCUUUACUCUAGACUUGGAUCAGCGCGCUUCCACGACUUUGCUCUCCGUAACAGGCCUGCCUUUCGACAUCUUCCGCGUCAUCCCACUCCCUUUACCCGUCGGGGGCGCUCUACUCGUUGGCGCAAAUGAGCUGGUACACGUUGAUCAAGCCGGAAAGACAAAUGCUGUGGCCGUGAAUGAAUUCGCCAAGCUGAGCUCCAACUUCGCCAUGGCUGAUCAGUCUGAUCUUGGCUUGCGCUUGGAGGAUUGUGUGGUCGAGGCCUUAGACCACACUAACGGCAACAUGCUGAUCGUCUUGAACACUGGUCGUCUUGCCGUAUUGUCUUUCCGUAUCGAUGGUCGCUCGGUUUCUGGUUUAUCCGUUCAUUUGGUAGACUCUGCGCAUGGCGGCCAUCAGCUAAAGACUGCUGCAAACUGCGCUGCCUCAUUGGGACGUGGUAGAUUGUUUCUGGGCAGCGAGGACGGUGACUCCACUUUGAUUGGCUGGUCCAAGAAGACUGCGCAAUCACGCAAACGAAGUCAUGCCCAGAUGAUUGCCGAAGACGCCGAGCUCUCACUGGACGAGGAGGAUCUCGACGACGACGCAGAUGAUGAUUUGUAUACUGACGAAGCUCCGGUUGUAAAGCAAACGGCCUCCCAGACUGCCGAUUCCAGCGGCCCGGACAGCUACUCCUUUAGAGUACAUGACAAUCUGUUCAGUCUGGGUCCCAUCAAAAACGUCUGUCUAGGCAAAUAUGCCACGGAGCUACCCGAAAACGAUAUCGAGCCGCAACUCUCCCUCCUCGCAACUGUUGGUCGGGAGCGUGCGUCGAAGCUUGCGUUUAUCAAUCGUGAACUAACCCCUAGCCCACUUCGGACAGUAGAUAUCCCUCACGCUCAAGCAGUCUGGACCGCAUGUGCAAAGCAGGUAGCUCCACGUGGCUUGCCCAAACCUACAGAUGGUACCCAAAACCCCGAGGCACAGCUUGCAUCUGACAUGCAGUUCGACCAGUAUCUCAUCACUUGUCAUGCUGAUGAAGAUGGUGCUGAAAGCUCAAAGGUAUUCAAGAUUGACAAUGAAGUCACCGAUAUCAAACAGGGCGAUGAAAGUAUGAUCUACACUGAGGUGACCGGAACCGAGUUCGAGGGUGAAGGUGAGACUUUGGACGUGGGGGUCUUGGCCUCUGGCACAAGAAUUGUCCAGGUGAGGAAGCAUGAAGUCAGGAGUUAUGACGCAGAUCUUGGUCUUUCCCAGAUUUUCCCAAUCAUCGAUGAGGAGACCGACGCAGAACUUACUGUCGUACACUCGUCAUUCUGCGAUCCCUAUCUUCUACUGCUCAGGGAAGACUCGAGUCUGCAGAUCCUGCAAGUGGACAAGAGUGGUGACCUUGACGAACUUGAGCGUGGUGAUGCCGCACUGGCCUCUAAAUGGUUGUCUGGCAGUGCCUACAAGUCCGAGAAGACGGGUGACAAAGCACUAGCUUUCUUGCUCAACGCCGAUGGAGGUCUUUCGAUCUUCGAGCUUCCGAACCUUGAUCGACCUGUGUACGAGGCUCCCAGUCUCUCGGUCUUGUCGCCCGUAGUCUCAAAUGAGAGUGCGCCUCGUCGCAAUGUUGGCAAGGAGACUCUGACCGAACUCAUCUUUGCGGAUUUGGGUGAUGAAACAGCCAAAUCACCAUAUCUCAUUUUGCGCUCAUCGGCCGACGAUUUAAUCGUAUACGAGCCCUUCCACCAUCCUACAGCUCCUUCUUCGCCAUUCACCACGAAUUUGAGAUUCCGCAAAGUGCCUGGAUUGCAUAUGCCCAAGUUUAACGACGAUCCCUCUCUCCAGAAGCCCGCUGCUCUAAGGUUGUUACCCAACGUUGGCGGAUAUUCUGCUGUCUUUAUGGCAGGUGGCUCGCCAAGCUUUGUGGUGAAAGAUGCUUCGAGCCUGCCGCGCAUUGUCAGUUUGCGAGGAAAGGGCGUCCUUGGACUUUCUGGACUCAACAGUCGCAAGUGCGAAGCUGGAUUUGCAUGGGUUGACACUGCCGGCACAAUACGUGAAGGCCAAAUUCCAGUUGGUACAAGAUUCGCUUCCAACGGAUGGUCUGUCCGCAGAUUCUCGCCCUUCUCUGAGCAUAUCGAAGUUCAGAAGAUCGCGUACCAUUCAGAGCGCGACAUAUAUGUCAUCACAACGCAGGAGGAGGUCGACUUUUAUCCCCCUGAGGACGACCCGAGGCAUCCAGCAGCAGAUGAGGAAAUCACACUUCGACCAAAGACACUCCAAUCCCGCGUACACUUGUAUGAUGCCAGAGCAGAUCGCGUCAUCGACACUUACGAAAUACCUCCUUACGAACUGGUCACAUCGAUGGAGGUCAUGCCUCUUGAAGUCUCGGAACUCACACACCAGCACAGGCUGCUAGUCGCUCUGGGUACUAUUUCACAACGAGCAGAAAACUACGCCGCCAAGGGUUGCAUCUACACGCUCGAGAUUAUCGAUGUUGUGCCAGAGCCUGGUCAACCAGAGACAGGCAAGAAGUUCCGUGUCUUCGGCAGAGAAGAAACCAAGAGCGGCAUCACGGCACUGAUGGGCAUAGCUGGUCUUGUUGGCACUGCUCAAGGACAGAAGCUCAUGAUCCGUGGACUGAGAGAGGAUGGGUCCUGUUUGCCUGUUGCCUUCCUCGACGCGCAAUGCUACAUUACAUCAUUGAAGACUUUGGCAAGCAGUAAGCUCUGGAUUGCUGCAGAUGCUUGGAAGGGUCUUUGGUUUGGUGGAUUCGGAGAGGAGCCGUAUAAGCUCUCGCUCUUCGGAAAGUCACGCUCGCAGAUGGAGGUCGUAUCGGCUGAGUUCCUACCGUUUGAGGGCCAGCUUUAUAUCCUCAUCAUCGACGCGGAUCUUGAUAUUCACGUGUUGCAAUACGACCCUGAACAUCCCAAAUCAUUGUCUGGUCAACGUCUGCUGCAUAGAAGCACCUUCCACCUUGGUCAUAUGCCUACUUCGAUGACACUACUCCCGUCUACCCUAUCUCCUUUUAACGAGCAGAAUCCAGACGAGGACAUGGCAGACAGCGAAAGCGAACCUUCAAAGACAUCUGCAUUGAACCACAUCAUGAUCACCACACAAACCGGCAGUAUCGCAUUGCUGACACCCCUCGACGAAGCUACCUACCGUCGCCUCUCAGCACUGCAAACCACACUAUCCAGCAUCCUCGAGCACUCGGCUGGUCUCAACCCGCGAGCCUACCGUGCAGUUGAGAGCGAAGGGCUUGGUGCUAGAGGUAUCGUUGACGGAGACUUGAUAACCAGAAUCUACGAGUUGGGCGCUGGCAAGAGACUCGAAGUGCUCGGCAGAGCUGGUGCCGAGGUCUGGGGCAUGAGAAGCGAUUUGGAGAUUAUUGCAGGCGAGGGAUUGGGAUAUCUGUAG